AUGGUCACCGCAAAGAUGCAACAUCGCCAACUUCGAAGGAGGGUGCCGGUCGUCAUCAAGCGAGGAGAGGAGCCACGGGAUUUGGCUCAUCUCCUGGCAGACCUGGAGCGGAGGCAGGCGCCGGAGCCUGAGGAAGACGAGGAGGGCGCAUCCCAACCGAAGGGUGCCGAGGCUGAGGAAGACGAGGAGGGCGCAUCCCAACCGAAGGGUGCCGAGGCUGAGGAAGAUGAGGAGGGCGCAUCCCAACCCGGGGGAGAAGGCCCCAUCGGAGGCACCAAAGUCCUCGUCGCCACCAGCAGCGGGGCUUCCGGCGCCGACAACCCUGCCGGUGAUUCCUCCCCCUCCGGCGCAGAAUGCUGUGAACGGUACUGUACCGAACCGAGGUGCUAUAAUCGUCCCGGUUCCAGCAGGGAUAAACACGCCUACCACAUUGUUGACCUCGACCACGCGGGCAGCAACAUCCCCAUCAAGUGCGGCAACGACCACCCCGACGACAGCCCCGCUGUUGACAAUGACCACCCCGACGACGGCCCCGCUGUUGACAACGACCACCUCGACGACAGCCCCGCUGUUGACAAUGACUACCUCGACGACGGCCCCGCUGUUGACAAUGACCACCCCGACGACGGCCCCGCUGUUGACAACGACCACCUCGACGACAGCCCCGCUGUUGACAACGACCUCGCCGUCACCCAGUUCGGCGACAUCUCCCACGCUCUCUUUGUCUUCGACGCUUAUACCCUCUUCAAGCCCACCAGCCCUCAGCCUCCCCUUGCCGGUCCCUUCCUCUUCUCCGGAUCUCGUCUCAAGCGGUGUUGUCGGAAGCAGUCCGCCGAGCGCGACUCCCGAACCCACCCCGACAGGAGCGACGUUGAAUGCCGGUGGUACAGUUUCUGCCCCGGUGUCGCAUGUGUUACUGGCCUAUCAAUCUACCUGUACCGACGUUAUAAAAAGACGGGCGAGGCCGAUGGCCAACCCAAGCUUGACGAGAAGCCCGUCGGCCCCGGUGCCUCGGUGGACUCAUUCAGCUCCGCCAACAUCAUCAUCACCCCGCCCACCGAUGCGAGCAGCCUCGGCAGCCGUGGCUUUCCGACCGAUCAGCAGCAGCUGGAGAGGAUGACGGCCCUGAACGACAAGCAGUAUGCGGCAUAUAGGAAUCUUGUGGGCGAAGAAAGGUAG